AUGUCCUCCGACAAUGGUGACGACGACGAUGACGAUGAUGUAACUCAUUCAACUGAAAUAGAGGAACGGAUAGUCGGGCUUCUUGGGAUCGAGCUUAUCAAUGGAAUUGAUGGUGGCAUCGAUACUGCCAUUCCGAAGAGAGUAAAAACGCCAUCAGCAUCCACCACAUCGAUUUGUCAGGAUCCCUAUGAUUCGCCGCCGAUAAGGAGCCCGAGCCCACCGUUGCGACCAGCUGGCAGUCCUACGUUACCGAGUCCAUGGGGAGGUUGUAAUCUAUAUGAUUCGCCAAGGAGCCAACCAAUCCCUACAAGAAGGCGAACGCCGACUCGAUCUCGAUCUCGUUAUAAUCCAUACGAUUCUCCAAUAAGGAGCCCAACACCACCACCACGGCCUAGGUCCAAAGGGAAGUCCAUAAACAGAUCUAAAAUGCCGAGUAAGCCGGUUACGCAGAAGGCGACCGAAAGCCAUAAGGGAACUGUUGCAUCCAACACAUUGAAGUCAGCAACGGCAUCGAGUAGUUCUGCGCCAUCUGCCGCAUUGGUAAAGAUAGAGGGUGAACGUCUUGAGAUAGACAAGCAGCGGCUUAAACUGGAGGAGUAG